GCAGGGGCAAAAAUGGGGAAAAAAAAAGAGAAGAAAAACCGACAUUUCUUGCGGUUCACACUAGCGAGUCGUGACUGCUCCUGCCUCCGCUUCUUUUUUGUGCGUCUCACUUCUGCACUCAACUAAAAUUAGGGUUAGGAAAUCAGGAUCAUAUGUAUUUGCGAUGGGCUUUGAGAUGUUUGAGAUCAAGAAGGAGCUUCUUUUAUGUCGGCAGCGCUGAGAAUUUGUUCUUGGCUGCUCGUUACGGAACCCUAAUUAGGUCAAAUCCGUCUCUUUUAUGCUUAGAGGUGUCGGGUUGCAGAGAGAGUCUCCGUUGUGGUUCACAUGGCUUGCAUGACCUCAGGUGUCGGGUUAACGAGGAUGAAAACUCUGGAGCCGAACAGGAAACAGUGGAUCCCUUCUCCCUUGUUGCGGAUGAACUGUCAACCCUUGCAGACAGAUUGCGCUCGAUGGUGGUUGCAGAGGUACCGAAGCUGGCCUCAGCUGCAGAAUACUUCUUUAAAAUGGGUGUCGAAGGAAAAAGAUUCCGUCCCACAGUUUUGUUAUUAAUGGCAUCUGCAUUGGAUGUGCCCAUUCCUAAAACAGUCAUUGAUGGCGACCUUCAUAUGCUACCAAAGGAAGUGCGUGGAAGGCAGCAGUCAAUUGCUGAAAUAACCGAAAUGAUCCAUGUGGCAAGCCUUCUGCAUGACGAUGUAUUAGAUGAUGCAGAAACGAGGCGGGGGAUCAGUUCAUUGAAUUUUGUAAUGGGAAACAAGCUUGCUGUGCUGGCAGGAGAUUUCCUACUUUCCAGAGCUUGUGUCGCUCUUGCUUCACUGAAAAAUACAGAGGUUGUGUCAUUGCUUGCAACUGUUGUUGAACAUUUAGUUACAGGUGAAACCAUGCAAAUGACAACAAAUUCUGAGAAGCGUUGCAGCAUGGAGUAUUACCUACAAAAGACAUAUUACAAGACAGCUUCAUUGAUUUCCAACAGCUGCAAGGCUAUUGCUAUCCUUGCAGGUCAAACUGCUGAAGUUUCAAUGCUUGCUUAUGACUAUGGUCGAAAUCUGGGUUUAGCAUUUCAGCUGAUAGAUGAUGUUCUUGAUUUCACUGGAACAUCAGCUUCUCUUGGAAAAGGCUCAUUGUCCGACAUUCGCCAUGGAAUUGUGACAGCUCCGAUAUUAUUUGCAAUGGAAGAAUUCCCUCAGCUUCGGGAACUUAUUGACCGGAGUUUUAGUGAACCUGAAGAUGUUGAAACUGCCCUCAUCUACCUUGGAAGGAGUCAGGGCAUCCAGAAGACAAAAGAGUUGGCUCAAGAACAUGUGAACCUUGCGGUGAAUGCAAUUGAAGCUCUUCCUGAAACGAUUAGUGAAAAUGCUCAUAUUUCAAGACGAGCUCUAGUGGAUCUCACGAAAAGGGUCAUUACAAGAACUAAAUGAUCUUGUGUUUAUCAUAAGCAUAAAUUUUUUGGCUAAGUUGCCUUAAGAUUCAAUUAUUGUCACCUUUUUUUGCACCUAAGUUCCUUGCACCUAAGUUCCUGUAGAACUGUGGUUCAUACGGCCACAUGGAAAUUUCUACUUAUUCUUUUCUGUCCAUGGAUCUUGGCUCCAAAGGCUUCAACUUGGAACACUACUUGUUCGUGAGUCAGAGGUUUCAGAUGUAACGAAAGCAUGGGAGACUGUAAGUGUUGCCUUGUAUCAUCUUAGUGCUCAAAUGUGCCUUUGAUAUUAUUCUUGUAUCAUAUUCAGAAGAUAGGUCCGUAUGUCAAUCCACUUGAUUCAGAUUUAUAGAAUGAAUAGUAUGAGAAAGAAUGACAAACUCUAUUUCUCGUAUCGCGGCAGUCUUGAUUUUUGCUGCCUUACAGAUGGAGAAGACUGAGUAUGUUUUUUUUCUUUUUUUUCUUUUUAUUUAUUUUGCGUUUUCCUUGAGCAUGGUGUUGUUGGACAGUGUCUUUUUUUGGCCUUUUCCUUGUGCAUGGUGUUGUUGGACAGUCUUCCUUGAUGAAUUCUUAUUUAUACAUUUGAGUUUUUUGGUGA